CCUAGUCCCCGCCUCGUCCUCUUCUUCCUCCGCCCUCGUCUUCCUCUCCCAAACUCUAACCCUAACCCUAAUUGCCCGAUCCAAGAGGGGGAGGGGGAGAGGGAGAGAGGAGUGGGCAUGCGGGAUCCCGCGAGGCGACGAUGAAGCCGCGAGCCAUGAACUCGCGCCACAGCCUCGUGGAGUCCGUGGCGCUCCAGCUCCACUCGUGGAAGCCCUUCCAGAUCCAAACCCUAGGCGUCGAUCCCUCCAAAUCCUGCCCCUUCCACGCCAAGAAGCCCUGCCGAUCCGACCGCUCCACCGCUCCCCGCGCCGCCGCCGACGCGCUCGACCUCUCCAAGCUCACCCUCCUCGAAGAUCCCACGCCGCCGCCCCCGCCGCCGCAUCACAAGCCGAGGGAUGAGCGGCUCCGGUGGCUCACGGCGCGGAAGCGGCGGCGGCGCGGGUCGCGGUCGGUGUCGGGGCGGAGCAGCGACCGGAGCGCUCCCCGGCGCCUCGGCUGCGGCGGCGGCGGUGCGUCGGCGGCGUACGCCACGUGCUCGGACUUCCCCCUCCCGGCGGGGGGCACGGACUCGAGCGGCGAGCUCUUCGCGAACGGCGACGGGGGGAGCUGGUGCUCGGACGUGAGCGAGGCGCGGAUCCCCCGGAGGGGGGAGGGUAAGGAGCUCGGAGGCGGAGGCGGAGGCGAAGGGGCGCUGGAGAGGGAGGCCUCGGCGUUCGCGGCGAUUCAGCUGGUCGUCGGAGUAGGAGGAGGAGCUGCGGCUUCCGAGUCGCAGGGUAACGAGUCCGGGUACGGGAGCGAGCCGGGGUACAGGGGCGAUGGCGAAUUAGGGUACGGCGAUGAGCUCGACGAGGAGGAGGACGACGGCCGCCUCCUCUUCUGGGGGGAACACAUUGAAGAUAUAGAUCGGAUGGAGAUCAUAGGUGAGAAUGAAUUUGCCGAGCAAAAGAGUCAUCACAGAUGCAGACGCCGGAAGCACGACUGGAGAAUGACGGCUCCUUUGCGGUGACAACUUCUCGCAAUCUUAGUAGUAUUUUUGGCUUGCUUUUUUUUCUUUUUCUUUUUUACUUUUUUUUGUAUAUUUUGUUUCUGUGUUGAGGUUGCAUCGCAAAAUGCAGUAAGUUUUUCUUUUUCUUGUUGUGGUGUACAUACCGGCAAUAGAUAGAUAUUUAUGAAGUGCUUGUUAUAUAAAAUAGCACUCUAGUAAACACAUAACCUAUUUUGAUGGCUAUUGUAUUGUGUGCUCAAAUUUAUAUUUAUGUUCUUGCACA